ACAAGAAAUUCCGUCACUUCGCUUCACUUGAUCACUAAGUUACGAAGAAUAAAAUAAAAUCUACACACGAAAGUUAACUACCACUUCACAAUCCACAAUGUCGAACAAUAACCAGAACGGCGGACUCCUCGGCGGUCUAGUCGGCGGCGUCGAUAACGUGCUAACCGGGGGCGAGAAGGCCAAGGGCCAAGGCGGACUCCUCGGAGGUGUCGGCGGCGCCCUCGGUAGCACGACCGAAGGACUCGGAAACGGGCUGAACUCAACUACCAGGGGAGUAGGAAGCGCCGUGGGCAAGACGACCGAAGGUGUCGGCAACACCGUCGGCGGCGUGACGAGUUCUGUUGGGAACACCGUCGGCGGUGUCACCGGAGCGGGUGGAGCCCCUAAGAAGAACGACGACGGCGCGUUUAAGAGCUACGGUAUCUGAAAGUAGGGAAAGUAGCUAAUGAACCUGGGUUUUGGAAAUUGGGAAUCGGCUUGAUUAAUGUUUGGACUUUUGUAAUAAAUCUCUUGCUUCUGAGCGGUGUUGGUUAAAGGAAUAAAUCUCACUGCGUUGUGCUCAAUGACUGACAUGAUGCAUGUGAAAAUGCUGUGGCUUUUGUAGGGUUUGUGGCUAGAUGCUGAGCUUUUCGUGGCUUGAUUUACUGUCACUGUCAAUUGGAACAUUGAACAGUGGAACACUGAACAUACAUUGUACAUCCGAGUGCAUUGAA